GCAGGCGGAGGAAGAGAAAGCGGUGGCUGUAUACUCUGUAGCAAAGCAAUGGGAUAUUACAAGUACACCUCAGAGUUAGGGAGAAAGAAACAAUCGGAUGUUAUGAGGGCUCUGCAGAGGUUGAGAGCCUUCGAGUACCGCCACCAACCUUCCAUUGUGCGUGUCACUCAUCCCACCUGCCCCGACAAGGCUCACCGCUUAGGUUACAAGGCCAAGCAGGGCUAUGUUGUUUAUCGGGUGCGCGUGAAGCGUGGUGGGCGUAAGAGACCAGUUGCUAAGGGCAUUGUCUAUGGUAAACCCACCAACCAGGGUGUUUCCCAAUUGAAAUUCCAGCGUAGCAAGCGUUCUGUUGCUGAGGAGCGUGCUGGCCGCAAACUUGCUGGUCUCAAGGUUCUCAACUCUUACUGGGUUAAUGAGGAUUCGACAUACAAAUACUUUGAGGUGAUCUUGGUUGAUGCUGCUCACAAUGCCAUCCGCAAUGACCCCAGGAUCAAUUGGAUCUGCAACCCUGUCCACAAGCACAGGGAGCUUCGUGGGCUCACUUCUGCUGGAAAGAAGAACAGAGGUCUAUGUGGCAAGGGACACUUGCACCACAAGGCACGACCCUCCAGGAGGGCAAACUGGAAGAGCAACAACACCCUUUCUCUUCCUCGCUAUCGUUGAUUGUUUCUGACUUCAAAUUUGCUUGUGCUUUUUUUAAUUGCCCUAGUUUCAUCUUCUUCGGCUUUUAGGGAUUGCAAGAGACCAAUUUUCUUUUAAAUUAAAUUUAUAUGGUUGCGUUGAACA